GGCAGCCUGGCCCGCCCGACGGGAGGGCAGACGCGGAUCCCGGCGUCCGCUGCUGCUGCGGCUGCUGCCGAGCAAAGGCGGCGGGGCCGAUUGUUGCGCCCCCGGGAAGACCUCCGCUGUGGUCCCGGAAGGGGGACCGCGUGACCCGCAGAACCAAGGCCCUGCCGCUCUGGAGAGAAGGCGGCCGCGGUUUAAGUUGGCCAUUUUAAAGAAUUUCUUUGAUCGUGUUUGAAUAAGUCACUUGGAGAGAGCCCAUAGCUCCAUUGCACCAUGUGUGGCAUUUGGGCCCUCUUUGGCAGUGACGACUGCCUUUCUGUUCAGUGUCUGAGCGCUAUGAAGAUUGCACACAGAGGUCCAGAUGCAUUUCGUUUUGAGAAUGUCAAUGGAUAUACCAACUGCUGCUUUGGAUUUCACCGGUUGGCAGUGGUUGACCAGCUGUUUGGAAUGCAGCCAAUUCGAGUGAAGAAAUAUCCUUACUUGUGGCUGUGUUACAACGGUGAAAUCUACAACCACAAGAAGCUGCAACUCCAUUUUGAAUUUGAAUACCAGACCAAAGUAGAUGGUGAGAUAAUCCUUCAUCUUUAUGACAAAGGAGGAAUUGAGCAAACAGUUUGUAUGUUGGAUGGGGUAUUUGCAUUUAUUUUACUGGAUACUGCCAAUAAGAAAGUAUUCUUGGGCAGAGAUACCUAUGGAGUCAGACCUUUGUUUAAAGCUGUGACAGAAGAUGGAUUUUUGGCCGUGUGUUCAGAAGCUAAAGGUCUCAUUAACUUGAAGCACUCCAUGACUCCUUUUUUAAAAGUGGAGCCUUUUCUCCCAGGACACUAUGAAGUUUUGGAUUUAAAGCCAAAUGGCAAAGUAGCAUCGGUGGAAAUGGUUAAAUAUCAUCACUGUAGAGAUGAGCCUCUGCAUGCCCUGUAUGACAGUGUGGAGAAACUCUUCCCAGGUUUUGAGAUAGAAACUGUGAAGAACAACCUCCGAAUCCUUUUUGACAGUGCCAUUAAGAAACGUUUGAUGACAGACAGAAGGAUUGGCUGCCUUUUAUCAGGUGGCUUGGAUUCCAGUUUGGUUGCUGCCAUCCUGUUGAAGCAGCUAAAAGAGGCCCAAGUACAGUAUCCUCUCCAGACAUUUGCGAUUGGCAUGGAAGACAGUCCCGAUUUACUAGCUGCUAGAAAGGUGGCAAAUCAUAUUGGGAGUGAACACCAUGAAGUCCUCUUUAACUCUGAGGAAGGCAUUCAGGUCCUGGAUGAAGUCAUAUUUUCCUUGGAAACUUAUGAUAUUACAACAGUCCGUGCUUCAGUAGGUAUGUACUUAAUUUCAAAGUACAUUCGGAAGAACACGGAUAGCGUAGUGAUCUUCUCUGGAGAAGGUUCAGAUGAACUUACACAGGGUUACAUAUAUUUUCACAAGGCUCCUUCCCCUGAGAAGGCCGAGGAGGAGAGUGAGCGGCUUCUGAAGGAACUGUAUUUGUUUGAUGUUCUCCGAGCAGAUCGGACUACUGCUGCCCAUGGCCUUGAACUGAGAGUCCCCUUCCUGGAUCAUCGAUUUUCUUCCUAUUACAUGUCUCUGCCACCAGAUAUGAGAAUCCCCAAGAACGGGAUAGAAAAACAUCUUCUGAGAGAGACAUUUGAGGACUCCAAUCUAAUACCUAAAGAGAUUCUCUGGCGACCAAAAGAAGCCUUCAGUGAUGGAAUAACCUCAGUUAAGAAUUCCUGGUUUAGGAUUUUACAGGAAUACAUUGACCAUCAGGUUGAUGAUGCGGUGAUGGCAAGCGCAGCCCAAAAAUUUGCUGUCAAUACUCCCAAAACGAAAGAAGGCUAUUACUACCGUCAGAUCUUUGAACGCCACUACCCGGGCCGCGCUGACUGGCUGCCUCAUUACUGGAUGCCCAGGUGGACUAGCGCCACUGACCCUUCCGCCCGCACUCUGACCCAUUACAAGGCCACUGCCAAAGCUUAGGUAUUCCCUGAGCCGUGGAGUGAAAGUAAACAUUUCUUCUCAUUGUGAAGGGUAGGGGGCUUGGGGGCAGGAAGGGUCAAUGGCCCAGGCUUGCUUGGGCGUGAAAAAAUAAAAGUCUUAAAUC